AUGCCCCAGACCACUAAAAGACGAAAGACUGUGGAUCCUAAGGAUCGAAUGAGGGUCAGCAAGGCCUGUGAUCGCUGUAAACGACAGAAGAUCAAGUGCGAUGGCUUAAACCCUUGUGCCAACUGCACCAAACACCAGAACAAUUGCCAAUACACCCCAACCCAACCCCCACCGCCAAACAACAACAGUAGCAUCUCCAAGACAAACCGAUUACAGCAUAAUAAAUCCAGUGAAGAAUAUAUUUCGUUUUUAGAACUGCGGAUUAAGUCGUUGGAAAACCGUGGUGGUGCGAAUCAAAGUGCCAGGAUUUUUCCAACGCGCGGGCCCAACGGUAAUAACAAACCCAUUGAUAACUCUAGAGAAAUAAUUUUUUUUUCGACCAUCAAGUGGAGAAGUAUUAGGACCGAUGGAAAUAUCUUGCUCCAAGAUUUAUCAAAUAUGCUCUACAACUCACUUUCCCAAGAAGAUCAGUCGAAAGUUACCAAGCCACGAACCCAAUUUUAUGCGUGGAAUUGUCUGGGUUCGCACUAUAUCAAUUCCGACUAUUUAACCAACCCGUUAACCUCUAAAAAUUGGAAGGAUUUACUUCAUGGGGAUCUGGAGCUUUCCAAGUACUUUCUCAACUAUUUUUUCCUGGAAAUCAACCCGCUAUUUGCCAUUCUUCACGAACCGAUUUUCUUACAACAGUAUCAGAAAUAUUUAUCGAAUUUGCAAACUCAACAAUCAGACCAACAAAGUACCGACCAUGAUAGUCUCUUUGUGGCGAUGUUAUAUUUGAUCUAUGCGAUUUCCAUGCGGUAUACUGAGUUUGGAUUCAAUAAGAAGUACAAAUCGGGAUUGGAGGAAAAAAUGUUUGAAAUCGCGUUGGAAAUCAUCACGAAAUUAUCGGUCAGUUGGGAAUCAUUUGAGCUUGUGCAAGGCUGGUUAUUAAUCUUCAUUUAUUUACGGACCACUCACAAACAAGCCUCGACAUUUUAUGCCAUCAGUAACGCGGUUAGAAUGGUGAAAGGGAUGUCGUUAGAUUUGCACGUCAUUUAUCCAAAAACCGUGUUUCAAAACCAGUAUGAAUCCAUCAAAGCCAAACGAAUUUUUUGGGCGGUGUACACUUUGGACAAAUUGUAUAGUUUGCAUAGUGGUAGAAGCUUUUUAAUCGAUGAUCACGAGGGUCAAUUCAUCUAUCCAAGUUGGGAUUUCCAUGAACAAAAUGAUGGGUGGUUUACGGUACCUGCGUUAGCAUUACUCAAACUAGCAAUAAUAUCUAAACAGCUUAUCUAUUUCAGCACUGUCAACAACCCCUCGGUGUUGAACUGUGAUUAUAAUCAUGUGGUGGAAGAUUUCGCGUAUUUGAAAAGUUGGUGUGAACAAAAUAAUCUUUGGGAUCUCCUGGAUGAUGGUUUCCACAGUUCGGAUGAAGUUUAUCGAGGCUCACAGAGACCUGCUGAUAGUGCUAUGGUAUUAUCACAAUUGAAACUUCAUUAUUAUCAUUCGUACUUGACGUUACAACUGAAGGCGUUGUAUCCUUUAGUUAACCGGGCAAACAUUUAUACCCAAAGUGGGAUGAAUAAAGAUGUUGAUUUUUAUAAUUUUGAUUCUUUGAUGGCCCAUUGCAAAGCCGUCAUGAGUAUUUUCAAAAAAUUCUACGAAAAAAAAUUGAUUUUCACACCAUGGUACUUGAAUUUAAACUUGUUGUUUAACGUGGGGGUUUUCUCAUUAGUGUUAAUCAAUAGCGGAAUCAAGAUCGAAGAAAAUCGCCAGAAUUAUAUCGAAACCAUUGAUAUUUUGCGAAUCCUACGACAUCCAGUGUUCCGAACCCCCGAUCCCAAUAAAAAUUAUGCCAAUGGUAAUGCCACAGUGUCUUUGGAAAUUGUCAAUAAUGUGGUAUACGAAGUCACAUACCAAGACAAGUUUGGAAUGUGUAACGAAUGUCUUUAUGCUCUAAAGUUACUAAAUAGAAUGAUGAUUAUGAGAAAUAAUCAAAUCACAUCGAUGUUGGCGCAAUAUACCGAUCAUGGACCAAGUACGGUGAAUGAAGCAACGUUCACUCAGUUUGGGUUCAGUCAUCAUGUUCGCAAAGCAAAGUUGGAAAAUAAUAAUAUCGGAUACCCUGUGCGUACGACAUUGGCAGGGGCUGGUCAACAAUCAUCUUAUUCUCCUCCUCCUAAUCCAUCAGGCAUGGCGGUAACUGCUAUUCCAGGAGAACCCCAUAUCGAUGAAAAACCAAAACAGUACGAAGCAGCUCGGAUGGCGGUGGAAACCCCGGUAUUUUCUGAACCACAAUUUGGCACUUUUAUGGCCCCAGAAAUCAUUCCUGGGAUCCCUUCAACUCAACUGGCUGCAAAUAAUCACAAUGUGAAUCCAAGUGGCUCAUAUGUGAACCCAUUAUUGCAAGAUUUCAUUCUUAAUCAAACCCCUAUGGAUUCUGUUAGUCAUGGUGGAACCGAUGAUUCUCCCAUCAAUGGUGGCCAAGCCAAUACGGUUUCGGAUAUUUCUGAACUAGGGGAUGGGAAUAAUAAUUACGAGGCGAUCAUUCAAUUAGAUGGGAUCAAUAGUAUUCAAUGGUUUGAUCAAUGGGAUCAGAAUUCGUUAAACAUUGUAUGA